AUGCGCAGUGUUGCUGUCCGCUCCAAUCCCAUCCGCUUGAUUCAGUCCACACGAAUCUCAAACACUAGAAGUUCAAUAAUAUUUUCAUAUUCUGGAAGAUGUAUAGGAUUCCUGGGGGCCCUCGUUCCCCGCCCGGAACAGAGGCUCAACGCCUGGCCUCGUUCGGCAAGGCCCGGAUCGGCCCGGAACUGGCCUGGAUCCGGCCGGAAUAAAGCAGCCCGGUUUGAAAACAGUCUUGGGCCGGAAUCGUCGUUCGUUUUGGGCGGCCCGAUUUGGAAACAGGCCCGGUUCGGCCUCCUUCCCAACCAUUCCGGCCCGGAUUCAAUCCGUAUUUCACACCCUCCGGAUCCAAUCCAUCCCGACGGCGCCUCCUUCCCGACGGCUCGCGAGGCGAGGGCGACGGCGCGCCAGGCGACGGCGCGGCGGCUCGGCUGGGCACAGGCGGCGAGCUUCUCCUCCGCUGCCUUCUCCCCGGUUCUUCUAGGGCUACAACCACAUAGUGAUCUGCAACUCUCAGAGUACUACCAGAACACCAUAAGUUAUGAGCAUUGUGUGCUCCUUUGUCUUUUGGACAUGCCUGCCUGCCUUGGCAGCAGUAGAAAGUGAAUGGGUGGAUGGAUGGUGCUGUGCUGGAUGGAGUAAUCACAUACUAUAUAGUUUGCUGCAAAUACUAUAUAUUUUGCAUACUUUGAGUCUCUCUAGUUUGCUGAUGUGCUGUCCUGUUCCAGAGAUGUCUUGUUCCUGUUUCUGUUGAGUUUUGGUGACUGAUCUCAGUGGUGUUUGCUGUA